CCGCACGUACGCGCCCUCUUCCCCUCUCCUCUCUCUCGCCUGCCGAAAUAAAUCUUGGCGAGCUUUCUGAUUCUCCCUUUGCUAUUGCUACCUUCCGCGGUUCACAGUUCACACUGCCUCUGCCUCCUCUUCUUCGCCUACAAAAGGAUUUUGGACCGCACACGGUUCGCGUGCGUGCGUGCGUGCUUGCUUGCUGCAAGAAAUGAGCUGCUUGGGUUGGUUCAAGAAGCGGAGGUCGUCCAAGAGCAAGGAAUCGUCGGGGAGGCGGGGCUCGACGACGACGACGGUGUCGGCGGUGAGCACGAGCAGGUCGGACGACUCCGGGGCGGUGAGGCCGGCGAGCAAGUCGACGGGGUCGACGUCGUCGCACCGGAGCAUCUCGUCGCUGUACGAGGAGCGCGGCCACGGCCAGCUCCGGGACUUCGACUACGACGAGCUCCAGGCCGCCACCAACGGCUUCAGCCGCGCCCAGAAGCUCGGCGAGGGCGGCUUCGGCAGCGUCUACAAGGGCUUCGUCCGCUCCUCCCCCGCCGACGGCAAGGCCGCCGAUCGCCUCGCCGUCGCCGUCAAGUGCCUGAACCAGCGGGGUCUCCAGGGACAUAAGCAGUGGUUGGCGGAAGUACAGUUCCUUGGGGUUCUUGAGCACCCAAACCUUGUAAAGCUUCUUGGAUAUUGUGCCGUUGAUGGUGAAAGGGGGCCACAAAGAUUAUUGGUGUAUGAGUAUAUGCCUAAUAAGAGCCUGGAAGAUCACUUAUUCGUCCGAGCUUAUCCUCCUCUCUCAUGGAAUAGAAGGCUUCAAAUAAUCUUGGGUGCUGCAGAAGGAUUAGCUUACCUGCAUGAAGGGCAAGUUCAGGUAAUCUACCGGGACUUCAAAGCAUCUAACAUUUUGUUGGACAAAGACUUCAGAGCAAAGCUGUCGGACUUCGGGCUAGCAAGGGAGGGACCAACAGGAGCAAACACUCACGUCUCAACAGCGGUGGUUGGGACGCACGGGUACGCGGCGCCGGACUACAUAGAGACGGGGCACCUGACGGUGAAGAGCGACGUGUGGAGCUUCGGGGUGGUGCUGUACGAGAUCCUGACGGGGCGGCGGACGCUGGACCGCCACCGGCCGCAGGGGGAGCAGAAGCUGCUGGAGUGGGUCGCCCAGUUCGCCCCCGACAGCCGCAACUUCCGCAUGAUCAUGGAUCCCAGGCUCCGCGGCGAGUACUCCGUCAAGGCCGCCCGCGACAUCGCCAAGCUCGCCGAGUCCUGCCUCCUCAAGAACGCCAAGGAGCGCCCCACCAUGUCCGAGGUCGUCGACGUCCUCCGCCGCGCCGUCCAGUCGCAGCCCGACCCUCCUCCUCCCCCCGCCGCCGCCGCCGCCGCCUCCGGCAAGGGGAAGAGGGUCGACGUCGCGCCGCAGCCGGCGAGGAGGAGGUGAGGUUGCACUCUGCUGCUAUCAUCGAUCACGGCAUGAAUGAAGAAAGAAAAGUACAGAAAGAGAGACACAGAGACGAGUUGGUGGAUUCUUGGCGUUUUUGUUUUUUGUUUUCCUUUCUAUUUUUUAGGCUUAUUUAGGAUGAGGAUAGUAGUAUGAGAAUACAUUUGAUUUGAUUGGUAGAUAACUACUCCCUCCGUCCCAUAAUAUAAGGGAUUUUGAGUUUUUACUUGCAA